UUGAUAUUGAUCAAGAUGCGAAGCCAGCUUGUUGUAACAAUAUUAAUAGUUAUUUUCUCCAUAAACACAGACGCCUCAUCGCUGCCGGAAAGGCUGCUCCGAUCAACAGCGGAGCUCCGAAACCACACGAAGAUAUCGGAGUUCCGGCUUGUAAACCGGAUGCAACUGGCCAAGUGCUUCCACCCGAACCCGUACCUGAAGAUAAGCGUCACCUCCAACCCGACCCUAUCCGAUGAGGAAUACGUGACGGUCAACAUCACCGGAGUUUGGCCGCCUUCCAUAACCGAUUGGGUGGCCAUGAUAUCCCCUUCUCACACCGAUGUGAAGACGUGUUUUAGAAUUGCGGCGCUUAUGUACCAACAAACGGGCGAUCUCACCAGCCUUCCACUUCUAUGCCACUACCCUGUUAAGGCUCAAUACGUUAGCAACGAUCCAGAAUACUUGAAGUGCAGCAAGAGUGAUUGUGAGGUGAGCAUUGAUGGGAAAUGCACGGUGAAGACAUGCGGGGCCACAUUGUCGUUCCAUGUCAUCAACAUACGUACAGAUAUCGAGUUCGUGAUGUUUACUGGCGGAUUUAAGACGCCCUGCAUGUUGAGUAGAUCCGACCAAAUUAAAUUCGCUAACCCAAACCAGCCCUUGUAUGCCCAUGUAGCCAGCGUUGAUUCCACUGCAACAUCGAUGAGAUUGACGUGGGUAAGUGGGGAUCGAAGUCCACAACAAGUUCAAUAUGGAGAUGCCCAAACAGCACAUUCCUCAGUUUCAACCUUUUCCCAAGAUGAUAUGUGCACAAGUUGGUUGGAAAGUCCGGCGGUUGAUUUCGGAUGGCACGACCCUGGUUUUAUUCAUUCAGCUAUAAUGACCGGACUUCGUCCUUCCACCAAUUACUCCUACAAAUAUGGAAGCGAUUCAGUGGGAUGGAGUGAUGAAAUGAAGUUGAGAACUCCGCCGGCAUCUGGUUCGGAUGAGCUUAAAUUUCUUGCUUAUGGUGAUAUGGGAAAGGCUCCUCUUGAUUCCUCUGUAGAACACUACACACAACCUGGAUCGGUAUCUGUUAUAAAAGCAAUGGAAGAGGAAGUAUCCUCCGGUGGAAGGGUGGACUCUAUAUUUCACAUCGGCGACAUUAGUUACGCUACCGGUUUCAUGGCCGAGUGGGAUUUCUUCCUUCACCUCAUCUCCCCUCUCGCCUCCCAACUCCCCUACAUGACCGCCAUCGGCAAUCACGAGCGAGACUACAUAGACUCUGGCUCAGUUUACGUAACCCCGGACUCUGGGGGAGAAUGCGGGGUUGCCUACGAGACUUAUUUUCCGAUGCCCACCGCCGGUAAGGAUAAGCCAUGGUACUCCAUAGAGCAAGGCCCUGUUCAUUUCACUGUCAUUUCCACCGAGCACAACUGGACACAAAAUUCAGAACAGUAUGAAUGGAUGAAUAAAGACAUGGGCGCAGUGAAUAGAACAACAACUCCAUGGCUCAUAUUCACAGGGCACAGGCCCAUGUAUUCAUCUUCUCCUAGAAUUCCAAUUUUACCUAGCGUCGACAAUCAGUUUGUUGAAGCAGUAGAGCCGUUGCUACUAGCAAACAAGGUGGAUCUGGUAUUGUUUGGGCAUAUCCACAACUAUGAGAGAACAUGCGCCGUUUAUAAUAAAGAAUGCAGAGGAAUGCCCACCAAAGAUUCCAAUGGAGUCGACACUUACCAAAAUUCCAAUUACACUGCGCCGGUUCAUGCCGUUAUUGGAAUCGCUGGAUUUGAGCUUGACAGUUUCACACAAAAUGAUAAUAGCUGGAGCUUGGUUAGGAUAUCCAAGUACGGAUAUUUAAGAGUUCACGCCACCAAGAGCGAGCUUCACGCCGAGUUGGUCAUUGCAGAUUCAAGAAAUGUGGAUGAUAGUUUCCGAAUCAUUAAGUGAGGAGCAAAACAAGACCGAAUUUUGACAUGUUUUAUAAAUGGUUGUAAACUUGUAAUAAUAACACAUUACUCUUAAGUUCAUAGAAAAAUAUCGUAUUUAUCAAGACGCAAGUAAAAGUCGGUGUUCAUAUUGUAGCUGCUGGAGCAUAAUGAAGAAUCAAAAUGAUGAGGCUAUAGCAUUUCAACUGACUUAAUUUUUAGAUAAAAUUUCGGUAUAUAUAGAAUUUAGAACAACCGUUAUUUCAUAAAUCUAAAACUAUUACAAAUAUCAAACCGCUGCUCUUUUUCUUGUAGUGCAUCAAUAGUUGUUCUUCAAUUUCUCA